CAAAGCCGCUCCAAACUUCCGCAAUUUUCCUCUCUCUUCCUCUCAACCACAAAUUCACUUUCACAAAAUAAAAUCUCAACAAUCUCUACAAGUUCUCGGAAAGUCUCUCAUCUCUCAACCCCCCAACUAUGAAGAAGUCCGGCCUCUUCGCCGCCUCCGUCGCCGCCGCAUCCGCCACCGCCGUCUCCGUUUCAUCUUCCACACACAACUCUCAUCAUCAGGUACCAACCUUAAACUUUUUCUUUGACUCUAAACCUUAGAUCUGGCAAUUUCUUGAUUUUAGAAGAGGCCGUGAUGAGGUUUCUUCGUCGGAGAAAUUUGCGCCGAGAUUCGAUGGUUUGCGGUUCAUAGAAACGCUGAUUACUGCUCAUAGAUGAAAGGGAUUAGGGUUUCACCUAUUUAUUCACCGAUUCGGGGUUCGGAUUUUUCUCCUUCAUCUGUUUCUUCGUCUUGUGUGGUUUGGAGAAGAAGAUUUCACUUGUUGGAAAUAUUUCUUUUAGUUUUUUCUUUUUCUUUUCCCUUUCUUUAGAAUUAAUAGCAGAACAGAAAAAAAUAUUUCUGAUGUCACAUUAUUUGGUGCUUUUCUUUUUUGUAACCCUGUAUAAUGGGUAAUGAAAGUUAAAAGUAUAAGGUUUUGGGUGGUUA